AUGUCCGUGACAAACAGUCGAGAGGUUGAUGUUAUUCUCAACAGCCUGUCUGGGGCUCUCCUGCGGGCGAGAUGGAAUUGUAUUGCUCCUUUGGGCCGGUUUGUCGAGAUUGGGAAGCGAUAUAUUCAGCUAAAUCGUCAGCUGGCCAUGGCUCGUUUCGAACGCGCGGUCUCGCUCCGUGCCAUCGAUCUUCUGCCUCUUGCAAAACACAAUGGAAAUGGUCUGGCGAAGGUCCUGGACAAUGUGAUUGCAAUGCAAAGGGAUGGAGGUUUGAAAUCUAAGAUCCCGAUCAACUCCUCUAUUUCUGAUAUCCAGCAGGCGUUCCGGACCAUGCAGACAGGAAGACAUACUGGGAAACUUGUGAUCACAGCUAAACAUGAUGACUUGGUGUCUUUACUUCCGCAACCACACAAGUUCCUAUUCUCGCCCAAUAGGUCAUACCUUACUGGUGGCGGGGUUGGAGUAUCGAAUGCCAAAUGGAUGGCCCAGCAUGGUGCUAAGCAUAUUAUAUUGGCGUCCAGAAACGCGGAAUGUCCAAAGCACUGGGAUUUCUUCCUGCAUCUCUCCAACCAGUUUCACUCUCACGGAACAAUCAUUGUGGCUCAAAACCUGGACAUCACCGAUUCAGAUAGCCUGCGUGUUCUGGUUCAAGGCGUGUAG